AUGGCAGCCACGUGCGGCAGCAGGUGGCCUUGCCGGCUACUGUGGCCUUUUUGGCAGGUCCGGGGAGCCCCCUGUAAUCGGGAUCCGAGCCAUGGCUUCGGGGUAAGGACUCGUUCCUGGAGCGACGACUCCUAUUCACGCACGGCGCUGUACGAGCUGCUCGGGGUGCCCUCUACAGCCACGCAAGCGCAAAUCAAGGCAGCCUACUACCGGCAGAGCUUCCUCAAUCACCCCGACCGCAACUCGGGGAGCCCCGAGGCCACUGAGCGCUUCACUCGCAUCUCCCAGGCCUACGUGGUGCUGGGCAGCGCCACCCUCCGUCGUAAGUAUGACCGCGGCCUGCUCAGCGACGAGAACCUGCGUGGACCUGGCGUGCGGCCAUCCAAGGUGACCCGGUCAGACUCGGACUGGCCUCGCGCCCCGCCAGCCUCGUCGCGUGUCUGCAGGGAGGGUUAUCAGACCGCCGCCCACGGCCGCACUAUGUUCAACUUCGACGCCUUCUACCAGGCGCACUACGGCGAGCAGCUGGAGCGCGAGCGGCACCUGCGGGCCCGGCGCGAGGCCCUGCGCAAGCAGCGCAAGGACCGGGCCAAGAAAGGCUUCAGCUGGGAUGAGACCCGAGACAACACCUUGGACAUCCUGCUCUUCACCGUCUUUAUCCUCAUCGGCUUCCGAAUGCAUUCGGAGAAAGGAGGGAAGGGGGGCCAGCCCUAA